UUUUACGUCCAUCUUUAAUGUUGCUCCUAUACUGAGGGAGAGUGACGAGAAAGAGAAGAAGGAAAAAAUCCAGAAAUAAUUUAAUCCAAUAUUUUUAAUUUCUUCCUGGUGCUGAAAGACAAAGAUAUAAUCAAAUAUUAUACAUAUUUGAGAAAAAGGGAGAGAAGGUAUGAAGACAGUAUCAUAGCCAAGCCAUGGCCGAUAAGAGAAAACUCCAAGGUGAAAUAGACCGGUGUUUGAAAAAAGUCGCAGAAGGGGUGGAACAGUUUGAGGACAUUUGGCAAAAGCUUCACAAUGCAGCCAACGCCAACCAGAAGGAGAAAUACGAAGCUGACCUCAAGAAGGAGAUUAAAAAGCUCCAGAGACUCCGAGACCAGAUUAAAUCAUGGGUUGCGUCCAAUGAGAUCAAAGACAAACGGCAGCUAGUGGAGAACCGCAAACUCAUCGAGACGCAAAUGGAGCGCUUUAAAGUGGUGGAGCGGGAGACGAAGACGAAGGCGUACUCUAAAGAAGGUCUGGGUUUGGCUCAGAAAGUAGAUCCAGUUCAGAAGGAGAAGGAGGAAACGGAACAGUGGCUCACGAACACCAUAGACACUCUGAACAUGCAGGUGGAUCAGUUUGAGAGUGAGGUGGAGUCUCUGUCCGUUCAAACGAGGAAGAAAAAAGGAGACAAGGAGAAGCAGGAUCGUAUUGAGGAGCUGAAGAAGCUGAUUGAGAGACACCGGUAUCACAUCCGUAUGCUGGAGACCAUUUUAAGGAUGUUGGACAACGACUCAGUGCAGGUGGAGGCGAUCCAUAAGAUAAAGGACGACGUGGACUACUACAUCGACUCCUCACAGGAUCCUGACUUUAAGGAGAACGAAUUUCUGUACGAUGACCUUGACCUUGAAGACAUCCCGAUGCUGGCCACGUCUCCGCAGGGACACAAUGAAGAAGAGAUGAGCACUCCAACCUCCACCACAUCGUCCUCUCCCAUCCCUCCAUCUCCGGCCACCGCUACCACCGAGAUCCCUGAAGAGGAGAAGAAGAGAGGUCGGUCUACUGACAGCGAAGUGUGCCAGUCACCUGUGAAGAGCAGCAAUCCUCUGUCUUCUUUCUCCUCCUCUUCCUCCUCCUCCUCAGGCUUUUCCUCCUCUUCCACCUCCUCCCUCGUUUCCAUGGCAGCUGUCGUUGGGGGAACUGCGUCAGUUUCCGGGGGCAAUACUCUGCUGGGUAGCUUCAGCAGCGCGGUCCAGCAGCAUCCGCAUGGCAAGCUGUCCUCCUCCUCCUCCUCCUCUUCGUCGUCAUCGUCUUCUUCUUCCUCCUCUGUGACGUCCAGCAGCACAUCCAGUCCGCCAAGCCACCCUAAUUUGCCCUCUUCCACCACCCCCUUAUCCCUCCCUACGUCUAACUCUCAACCGUUGACAUCAGCAGGGCUUAACGUCAGCAAAGCAGGCACAGCUGUGACGAGUAGCAGUAUGCCAGGCAUGAUGCCCAGCAAUAUGGCCGCCAUGAUUUCGAGCUCGAUGCCCACUCCGUACGCCCAGGCAGCAGCUGGAAGCGGCCCGAGUGGACCCGCAGGAAACAGCAGCACUGUUUCAGCAGUGAGUGGAGCAAAUGCUAACACUAAUUCUACAGCUACCGCUAACGGGACAGUGCCGAUGGGCUCCAACGGGGGUAUUUUAGGCCUGGUACCAGCGCAGUCGACACACCAGGGAGCAGCACAGUUACCCAUUAGCCCGGUCGGAACUGUACCAGGGGGCGGAGCCAGCAUGGGCCCUGGAAACGGGGGCAGUUCAGCAUCUUCAGGGGGCAUCAUGGGUAACGUGGCACCUGCUCGACCACCCAGCGUGGUGAAACAAAACGGAGGAACAAACCCUCUAGCGUACAGCGCCGUGGUGGCCGACAGCAGCUCAGACUCCUCCCUCAGCAGCGCCAGCCUAUCACAGAGUAGCCAGCCCUCUUCCACCAGCUCCUCAGCCAAUCAAACUCUGGAUAACGGACCGACCCUGCUGAGCUCCAUCACUCUGCCUCCCUCCUCUCAGUCUCCGUCGUUUUCAGACAGCACCCCCGGUGGUGGGAGUUUACUGAACGGCCCGCACUCAUACACGCCUAACACAGAGCCGAUAAAGACACCUGAGCCUCUGAGCUCUCUGAAGGCGAUGGCUGAAAGAGCAGCUCUUGGAUCAGGACUGGACGGAGAAAUCCCACCGCUUCAUCUGACAGAACGAGAUUUGUUUUCCGGACCCUCGGCCACUCCCGGCCCCCCAGUUCCCCCCCAGCCCGCAGUAACGGAGGUCAAUCUUCCCCCUACGCUGGGGGCGUGUCCUCUAGGCCCCUGUCCCCUCACGAAAGAGCAACUGUAUCAGCAGAUCAUGCAGGAGUCAGCCUGGGGGCACAUGCCUCUCCCAUCAGACUCGGAAAGGAUCAGGCAAUACGUGAUGAGGACCCCAUGCCCUCUUUUACCUUUCCAUCAUCACACUCCUCCUCAUCACUGCGACUCCAUUGACUUCUAUCAGAGACUCUCCACCGAGACCCUCUUUUUCAUCUUCUACUACAUGGAGGGUACGAAGGCUCAGUAUCUAUCAGCUAAAGCCCUGAAGAAGCAGUCUUGGAGAUUCCACACUAAAUACAUGAUGUGGUUCCAGAGACACGAGGAACCCAAGACCAUCACUGAUGAGUUCGAACAGGGAACCUACAUUUACUUUGACUAUGAAAAAUGGGGCCAGAGAAAAAAGGAGGGCUUCACGUUCGAGUACAGAUACCUGGAGGACCGAGACCUGCAGUGACAUACAGAUCCAAUGCACAGAGAAUGGAUGGAUGGAUGAAUGAGAGCGAGAGACAGAGAGAGAGAGAGAUGGCUAUGACGACUGCAGCUGUUGACAUUCCAGGAGUGGAGUGCAGUCUGGUGUGAGGAGUGUAAAGUAGGACUUCAUCACAGAGAGAGAGAGAGAGAGAGAGAGAGAGAGACGGGGUCGAGUGCCUGUUUACACACACCUGUUUCAAUUCAAGGCCCCUUUCUUUAUAGUCUAAAAUAAGCAGAAAAACAAGAUGUUUAAUAUACUUUCAUUAUCCCCCCUGAGACCUGAAUGAAAAGCAUUACUGUUUGUUUGUGCUUCAUGAAAUGAGUCUUAUAACCUGCUGUGAUGUCAUUCAGCACCCAGGACAAAUUCUUACACUUAAGGGUAUUUUUAAAAAAAAAAAAAAAAGGACCAUGAGACACGUUAAGGUUUUAACCCGUAAAUAAACCCACGCUGGAGGUCUGUGCCGUUCUCCUCCUGGUUCUCCAGAUUCCUCCCAGCUCCCAAAAACCUGCUGGUGGACUUUACUAGAGUGUGCUUAACAAGCUAAAAAGUUUUUAUUAUUUCAUGUAUAAUUGUCCACCAGCACAUCAACUUCUAAACAGCGCAUACACGAGGUCGCUGAGGCGCAGAGUGACUUCACAGGAACCUCAGAAACCGUUCUAGCACAAAUACACAGAGAUGCUUUCUAAAUAUUUAACAUAUCGUUUCUUCAAGCUGCAGUAGUCCGAAUUCAGGAAAAUAAAUAAAUAAAUAAAAGUAAAUUAAAGCUCAGACGCGUUCAGGACUGACAAAAAGGGCAAAAGAUGGAAAACGAGUGGACACAUUAAAUUGCUAUGCAAUUGAACUCUUCUCGGCCUGCGUCACCUAAACGGCGUUAUGAUGAUUAUUAUUAUUGGCCGUCCUCGUUUUUUUUUUUUUUUUAGUUUGUUUUUUUGUAGCAUCUUUAUCUCGAGUGUGUGUGUGUGCGUGUAUGCGGGAGCGUUCGAACACGCACGUGAAUCUGGUGUCUGUUUAACAAAUGACGUGAGUUAGAUCAAUUCUCUAAUAAAACAAGUAUUCAAAAAAAUAAAAAGAUUGGUAAACGUUCAGAGCUUUAUAUAUGUCGUGACUCUUUUUUUUUGGCGAUUUCUAGCUCCAGACGUCCUUUACGUAUUCUCAGAUGAUUGGGUCACUGAAUUAAUCCACCGUUUCUAGUUACUGCUCACUUUUAGGACAUCAGAAAACAAAAAAAAAGUCCAUUUCACUUUUCCUUUCUUAUUUUAGAAAGGGAAAGAAGUAAAAUAAAUAAGCGAAAAAUCCACAGAAGGCUAAAACGACUACGUCCAGUCUCGGUCUUUUUCUUUUCUUUUUUUUUUUUCCUUCUCCUUUUCCAGCACAUGGACUGAAAGUGCAGCUGAUUUGUGAAUUUUUUUUUUUUCUCCGAAAAUAACUGAUGUAUAAAUUAAUUUCAUGGCCUUUAGUGGGGCUGAGAGUGGAGAAAAAAAAAAAAAAAAAAAUGUACAAUUUCAAUAAAAUACUUUUAUGAACCAGA